UGCCUUACACGUAAUUAAAUAUUCCCGCGGUUCGCAGUAUAGCGGGAAUAAUUUGUCUCGUGCGGCACUAGGGCUAGUUUUCUGCACGAGCAGGCGCGUGCUGUGACGUGUACCUGGUACACUGGCGAUAGUGUGAAUGACCCUGGUGUGUCAUUUCUAGUCGCCCCAGCAGGACGGAUAGUUCGCUUAAACUUUUCUCCCAUAAUAGUUUACGAAAACAGCAUGGACGCAUCCAAGGCGUCGGACACGGACUUGUCGGAAAAGAUAAGGGAAGCUGUAGUCAAUUCUCAGCAUCAAGUGUUAUCUCAUUUGGAUUCAUUGAUAACCACCAAACUUGAAGCGUUCGAGACGCGUAUGUGUAACAAAUCUGACGAGCAGAUUUCCUUGCUUAAUAACAAUCUCGCGGCAGCGGAUACACAUAAAUUUGCAAAGAAGAGUUGCGAAGACCAAUUCAAGUUUAAUUCCAAGGUCAAAGCAAAACUCAUGGAGGCGGAGCGCGCCACUCAGCUUGGCCCGGGGGCCGCGGUUGCCAAAAUUACAGAAGGUAUUUCCUUUAUCGACUACCGGCAGAAGCUGGUAAAAUUAGCGGACACCUCCGAAGCCGGAUGGAGGGCCGUCGAUGAGUAUGUAGCAAACCCUAUCGCAUCGGACUCAGAUGACGAAAAAAGGAUGGAGCGGGCUACAUCCAAGGCCAGUAGAAAGCUGAAAGCCGGCAAAGCUAAAUCAGGCAAGGGAGGGAGGGGCAGGCACGCCCCAUAUUCUCGACGCUGGAACGGACCCAUGACCAGUACAGAGGCAGUCAGCAAUCCGGACGACAGAGCACCUUGGAGAGCGCAACGACCAGGGUUGUGUCACCGGUGUGGGAAACCCGGUCACUGGCGUUUGGAAUGUCCAGGGGUGUCCGGAGGAGCAGUAUUGAACGGAAAUAAGUUAAGUAAAAUGUAUUUAGAUAAGCACGUUCAGUCAGACAGUUCUGUUCAUGACAUAGAGGUCAUUAUGCCACUGUCAGGCACAGGUAAGUCGUAUGACGACGACAUGGCGUUUGUACACGAUAAAAUGUCAGAUAAUCACGAUAUUUUCGACAAGGUCGACGCCGGUAAAUCUCCAGUAGGGAGAUUGAAAACCAGAAUAAGCUAUUGGCGUGAGAAAGGCGCGUGUGAUGCCGUUUUAACUAUUGUGUCCGAGGGAUACAAAAUCCCAUUUCGGGAGGUUCCCACGUGUGUAAAAUUGACAAACAACAAGUCCGCACGUGAUGACCCAGAGUUCGUGGGGGUAGAAAUAGGUAAGCUGGUGAAGCUCGGCUGUGUGACAGAGGUAACAACACCGCCACACGUGGUCAACCCAUUAACUGUUGCAUAUAACAGGAAAGGCCUAGGAUUAGAAGCCACACUUAACGACGCGAUACAGGCUUCAGGGGUGGAGCCUGGGUCGUCCCUAUACGCCUGUUCAGAGGGAUUGGCCGCACGCUUGUUGUGCAGUAAAAGUGACAACACCAACAAGAAAUACCACAGCAGUUUUUGUAGAUGGCAAACUUUCAUCUCCCCACACGGUUUCUCCGCGUUGCCAGCGAGUCCCAUUCAUGUGGUUCUCUAUUUGAAUCAUCUGUUGGGUUCAGGUGUAUCUUACUCUGUCGUGGCGGCAGGUGUAUACGCUAUUAAAUGGGCUCACAGCCUACAUGGGUUUCCCGAUCCAACUUCGAACAGUUUCGUUCAGAAUCUUAUGGAGGCGUCAAAGCGUCAUGCGAAGAAACCAGUGUGUAAGAAGGAACCUGUGACUAUCGAUAAUCUGAAAUCUUUGUGUGACAUUUUUGGGGGUUCGGGCGAUUUACUGGUAAUUAGGGAUUUAGCUAUGAUUUUGUUGUGUUUUGCGGGGUUUUUACGGUUUAACGAGCUAAUUAACUUACGCUGCGUAGAUGUGAAGAUGUUUGAUGAUUAUUUGACGCUAAUUAUUAGGAAGAGUAAAACGGACCAAUAUCAUCAUGGUAACGAAGUUGUCAUAAGUAAGGGUUAUUCUUCAGCAUGUCCUUUCGCUAUGUUAACAAGAUAUCUAGCGUCUGCAAAUAUUAGUUUGGAUUCAGAGCAUUUUUUAUUUAAACAGGUUUACAGGUCAGGUAAAGUGUGUGCGUUAAUACACAAAGCAAAGCCAUUGAGUUAUACUUGCGUCCGAGAGGCUAUUUUGAAAAGAUUAAAACGCGUUACGGACGGUAACAUCGGGCUGCAUUCGUUGCGUUCCGGUGGGGCAACAGCAGCAGCAAAUAGUGGUGUUAACGAGAGAUGUUUCAAGAGGCACGGUCGGUGGAAGAGUGAUUCGAGUAGAGACGGCUAUGUGAAAGACUCUUUAGAAAAUAGGUUAAGCGUUACUCAAAAAUUAGGUUUGUAAAUGUUCGUGGCUCACAAAUACACGAAUAAAUUGUUUAUGCUAUUUGAUCCGAAUCAAUUUUUUUUUUUUUAGAGGGAUGGGUUUGGUCCUUUCCCUUCUUUGUAAAUUUUCUACGUCCAUUCGGCGAGCUAGCGGCAAAUAGUACAUUUGUGUUGGUGUGAAUUUUUUAAGUAGCCGAGUGGAGUGAGACUUAAAUAUUCCCGCGGUUCGCAGUAUAGCGGGAAUAAUUUGUCUCGUGCGGCACUAGGGCUAGUUUUCUGCACGAGCAGGCGCGUGCUGUGACGUGUACCUGGUACACUGGCGAUAGUGUGAAUGACCCUGGUGUGUCAUUUCUAGUCGCCCCAGCAGGACGGAUAGUUCGCUUAAACUUUUCCAAUGGCACAAACGUUUUUCUUUAUGUGCAGUUUUUUAUAACCGAUUGUUUUUGUUUUAUAUUGAAUGCAAAUUUUCAUAAAGUCCACAACAGGUUUUUUGUUCACGAUACUCACAGGUGUAUUCGUGUUAUUUCGUGUUUUGUUUUGACAUGACGGAUCCUUUUAGGACAGAGUAAGACAGUGGUCCAACUGUCGCCUCGCAGAAAUCGGGCUUGCAGGGAAGUAAUAGUUAUUCCCGCUUUUGGAUACAGGUUUCCGGGGACUAUCUCCGGUUUUUCCUGGGCGUGCAGGUUGGUUUCGAUGACCGGUGGUUUAUUUCGGGUUUUUUGUUGUUGUUGUUUUUUUUUUUUUUUUUUUUCGCAGUCAGACUUGGAGAUGUACAUUUUUGACGUACACAUGUAGCAUUGUUUAGCCCGCAUUAUCACGGGUAUAUUUUAGACGUCAUUCUCAUCUUUUUGAAACGAUUUUGAAAUGUAUAUAUCUAGUUGUGUAUAACGUUGUAUAUUGAUUAAAC